AGUGUAGGACUGGGAGGAGGGAUUCAGAUGUAUGCAACUGGCAACCCUGUAAUAGGUCUGUACAGCAUCCUGCUUUUGAUCAGAUCUCUGCUGAUCCAUUUGAAUCUCCUGAUUGGUGCACCUGAGCCGCAGCCCUGCAUCCCAAAAAGGAAGACGAUUAUUUCACCAUGAACUCUGAUGUGGAUGGUGACCUGGAAAACCAGGUGGAGUUGGAGGAGAAAACCAGGCUCAUAAACCAGGUGCUGGAGCUGCAGAACACCCUGGAAGAUCUCUCGGCACGAGUGGACGCCGUGAAAGAGGAAAACCUCAAGCUCAAGUCCGAGAACCAAGUUCUGGGUCAGUACAUCGAGAACCUGAUGUCUGCCUCCAGCGUCUUUCAGACCACCGACUCCAAAAGCAAGCGGAAGUAACGGAGGAUGAUUAAACCUCUUCCCCCCGGCAUCUAGAGUUCAAUAACUCGGCUCAGUUUACUUUAUCCUCUCGAAUUGUUUCCACGUCUAGACGUUCUACAAGAUGCCACUGUUACAUGUUCGGUUGUUGUUUUUGACAGGUUGCUUUUGAAUCUGCUCCUAGUGUAUUAGACCCGACUAAACCCAUCCUCUUCAUUCAUGAAGCUGUUGUAUUCGAUGACAUUGUGUUCGCUACGCAUCAUGGAUUUAUUCUUUUUUUUGUUAUUUUCAUUUAUACUUGAUGUUAGAAGUAUUUUUGCCUUAUGUUAGGGCAGGGUUUUAAAACCUCCAGUGCUAAACAGUUCCAUUAAUUUAUUGAUGGCCGUCAUUUGUGUUUCUCAUCGUGCGAUUUUUUUUUUGGGAGUCGUGUUUUAGCUCGUUUUGGUUUUUAUUUCGUGGAGGACACAGCAGUGAUGAAGGUGCCUGUGAAACUGCCGUGUGCCACCGCGUGUUUUAGGUAACCUGAUCGAUUACCGUAGGUCGAGUUCUUCAGGUGCUUCUGUUCAGGGAAAUAACAUUUCUGAUCUCCUGGUGCUUUUUCACUGAGGAGCUUCAACAGGCCGCCAAUUACAGCUGUGUGUAACACGCACAACAUUCCUGAGCUGUACUUAACGUUCGUGUGAUAGCAUUUAAAACAUCGCUUGGUCUUCUUAAUGCCUGUUUUAAUAAAAAUAUGCUUUCAUUUGA